CACUCAUCACUCAUUCACAAUUCACUUCUGUGCUCUGUUCAGUGUUCUUCAGUUAAUGAAAUGUUACCGUGCGUUUCGUGCCGUCGCUACUCGCUACGUGCAUCACAUCGUAAGAAGUAAAUACUAAAUUGAAAAUAAUAUUAUUGUGCUGAAAUAGUGACUGUAGUGUUAAAGACAAAAACAUAAAUUGCUUGUAUGAUUUCACCGCCGAUUAUAACAUUUUGUUUAUCGACGGCAAAACGUGGUCGUGCGAACGGUUCGUUAGUCGGUACGCUGCGUCGUCCUACACGGUUCGCCGUUGUCGUAUCGAUUGUUUUCCGCCCCCGCGUGACACUCGUAGAUACAACGAUAUAAUUAUUGUGAUAUUAUUAUAGUAACAACCAUCCCGUCUUGUUGCUAAGUUAUAGAACGCUGUUUUUUCGAACGUAACAUUCUCUUAGCCGUCGGUGAUUCGGACGAUUGUAACAAUAACUGAUAUUUUUAUACUGUACAUGAUACAGCCGUACCUACUGCUACCUACCUACCUGCUCAGGUGUGUGUGCUACCUACGUAAUAUUAUAGACGAGUGGUUCGUUGUUUUGUUGUUACCAUCCUUCGCGAAAUCCACUUUCCAAAAAUGGAUCAAGCGCAUUAUGACGAAGACAGUUAUUGAUUAAUCAUACUGAGAUGAAAAAAAUCCAAGGUCGAUUUCGGGCAGUAUCUAGAUCUACAUUAUCUACUGCUCAUCUAUUCUGUUUGUAUUCGACACGAUUUCCAAAAGAAAAUGAAAUUAUUGAGUUGUUACCAUGCAUAAUAUGCAAUCGUUCAUUCCGUCCAAGUUUAUUACAACGCCACUCAAAUAUAUGUCAAAAAAAUGCAAAAAAACGUAAGGUACCAUUUGAUUCAUCUAAACAGCGUAGACAAGGUACUGAGAUGGCAGCAUAUUUACCACAUAUGAAAAAGGCUCAAGAUGCUUAUAUUGCCAUAGAAAAGUCAAAAAAUAACUGGAAAGCAAAGCAUGAAGAGCUUGUUAGAGCUGUAAAAGCAGCACGAGGUGAAAAAGUCUAUGAUAAACUUAUACCGACCAAACCUGUUGACUCUGAAGAGUGUCCACAUUGUGCACGAAAUUUUGGACCCAAAUCGUAUGAUCGACAUGUAGAAUUUUGCAGAGAAAAAGCUCAACGAAUAUCUACUGCACCAGUGAUAAGUCAAGUAGCUAAAGAACGACUUGAAGCAAGAACAAAAUACCGUGCUCCUCCACUUAAGUCACAGCGUACAGUUACUAAAGAGAAGUAUUCUCCAAAAAUUAAAACUUGUACUCGAGAUGUUUCAAGUGUACCAAUAAAAGUGAUUCAACCAUUAAAAGCUAUUAAAAAAAUAACCCCGCCAAAUAGAAAUAUUGUAUCUAAUAUCCCACGUCAACUGCCAACAGUAGUGAAAAAGAAAGACCAAGUAUCAAAAAGUCGUCAUUAUGGAAAUGCAAUGUACCUGCCCCAAAAGCCAGAUCCAAAAAAUGAAUCAGUUAUGAAGAAAUCAGAAUCUGCUUACAUCCUUAGUUCUCAAAAUCGCAUAAAACAAGGAAUCAAUAAUUUUGACAAAAAAAAAAUAUCAAAGUCCCAACCUCAUUUGGAUAUUUACGACCCUCAUUUGGAUGGCUACGAUCCAUUUAAAUCAGCUGAAAAACAAAUGAAAGAGCUGGAUCUAGACAUUGACAUAAUUGACAUUGGUCUAAAAAAUCCAUUAAAUUGUACCCUAUCUGAUAAUAUUGAGAAUCUUCAAAUGUCUCCAACAUCUGCAUUCGUUAAAUAUUCACCAGUUUCUCCUUUAGUAUCAUCUCCAGAUAAUAUUGAAAACACAUUUCCCAAUGAAUUUCACUCUGACACUAAUCUGAACAAUCAUCCACUACACAAUCUAAGCAAUUUAAGUUUGUGUUCUAUUGUUAGUAUUGAAUCAGCUGAUUUUAAUAAUAAAACUCAAAGCGCUAUAGUGCGAGGUACAGAUCAUCCAAAAAGUCCUACAAAACGAAGCAUCUCUCAUAAUCAUAAAAAACAUAUAGCUAUUGAAAAUAUGCUUUAUGGUGAUAAUGAAAAAAAUAAAUCAAAUCUCAAUUUUGAUUUGGCAGAACAAGAACUUUUAAAAUCUGUGUCAGAAUUUGAAAACUUAUUGAAAAUAACAGAUGACGAUGAUAUAGUAUCACCAUCUUUGAAUAGAACCUCUGCCCUAAGUAUGAUCAAUGGGAUUAAUUCCAAUAGCAGUGCUGAUUCAGCUUACGGAAGCUUGAACAGAAAAACUGAAGAGGUGACUAAAGAAAAUUAUCUUACACUGCUGAAAGCUGCUAAGUUUUGUCAUGAAUGUGGAUUCAAAUAUCCAAUUGUUGAUAUUAAAUUUUGUACAGAGUGUGGCAUGCGGCGCAUAGUAUCAUGAUUGAGUUGCUUCGAUUUCAAUAUCUAUGUUUUAUUGAGGGUCUUAAGGAAACAGAAUUUACAAUGUGUUAAAUUUGUAGAGUGUAUUUUAAUAUUUUUAUACUUAUAUAAUUGUAAAUUAUAAUCAAUAAGCUAACAACAAUUUAUAAUAAUAAUUUUGAUAUAAAACUGCAUUAUUUUGCUUAACCCCUGAGACUGAUUUUUUGAAUUGAAAUUAGUUUGAGUAUAUCUUGUCACUUAAUUUAUUUUAUUUACUAAUUCAACAAGACCAAAGUAUUAACAAUAAUAUAAUUUUUGUACAACAAUAUUGCUAAGGUAUUCAAAAUAUUAAUUAUUUUUAUCUUACAUUGUAUACAUUACUUUAAUUAGUUUGUCUUCUUAGUUCUCAUUGUAUAAUGUGUAAACAAUAAACAUACAAUCAUAUUGACUUGUAUACCUCUUAAAUAAUACCAUUUUUAUACUAACAUGGCAACUCAAUACUCAUCUUUUACAAUACUUAAUACUAUUACUAAACUAACACUUUACAUCUAGGUCCGGUGAGGAAAAAAAGAGUGUAAAUACAACAACAAAUCAUUAUAUAAUAAUAUUGAUUCAACCGAAUAUCCAAUACAUUUAAUUACUUUCCAUAUUAAAAAUAUAGAAACUUUUUGUAGAUUUUAUACUUAUAU